AUGGACAGACCAUGGAAGCAGCAUAGAUACACAUUGAAGAAAAAACAUUUCGAUCCAGUGAAAACUCCAGAAGAUAACUUUUCCAAUCUGCCUGAUGGAGUCUCCUCUAAGAGUUGGUCGGAUUUGGUUAACUAUUGGUUUACACCAAAGGCAAUGGAAAAAUCUGAACUGGGAAAAAAUGCUCGAGCAUUACAAGACCGUUUUCACAAGAGUGGUGCUACAAGCUUUGCUAAUCGAAGAGCUAAUAUGAAAAAGAAAGGGGAGUUUAGCGAAUUGGCAUUUUACAAAUCAGUUUAUGCCAAAGAUGGAAGCUUUGAAGAGGGCACACCCUCUCAUCAAUUUAUGGAGGAAGCAAACGAUGAGGUCCAAGAAAACCUUGCGAGUUCCUCUUCUUCCUUGUCUAGGGUUGAAAUUGAGAAUGAGGUCUUUAAUAGGCUUAUGUAUAAAGGUGAAAUACCUAAACGUCCUCUGAAUUAUGGGUUUGGAGUGAAGCAAAGUGACAUCUUUGGAGUGGAAGGUUUGCUAAGGAAAGAAGGGUCAAGCUAUGUUAACAAUGGUGCCGUGGAAGUGGAGAACAUAAAAGGUGAACUAUCAGCUGUAAAGAAGCAAAAUCAGGAACUUGCACAACAAAAUAAAGCUCUAAGCACGAAGUUUGAUGAAACAACGCAGUCAUUUAAAAUGAUUGCUUCUUUCUUAGGACAAGUUUUGAAGGAAGUACGCAAAGGAAAUGUUUCAUCAGACCUUUUAGAUGGUGCGGAAUCAGCAAUACAUAUGAUUAAUGAUGAUUCUGGUGGGAGUGGUGAAAAAUAG